AUGACAGUAAAAAAUGACAGUAAUAAAGGCAUUGAUUAUAAUGGUGAUGUUGACUUUAUUGAUGUUAACGAUGAUGAUGAUUAUAGUGACAAUGAUAAUAGUGAUAUGGACGAUGUUGUCAGUAAUGAAUAUGAUGAUGGUGAUGAUAAUGAUGAUGAUGGUGAUGACAGUAAAAGUGACAGUAAUGAAAGCAUUGAUUAUUGUAGUUAUGAUGUUGACUUGAUUGACGUUAACGAGGAUAAUGACGAGGAUAAUUAUGAUAUGGGUGAUAUUGACAGUAAUGAAUAUCAUGAUGAUGAUGAUAGUGAAGACAGUAAGAAUAACAAUAAAGGAGGUAUUGAUUAUUGUAGUUAUGAUCUUGACUUCAAUGACGUUAAUGAUAAUGAUGAUAAUGACAGUGACAAUGAUAAUGUUUAUGAUGUUAUUCAGAAGGUUCUUUAUUCCUCUGUAAAAGAGUCUCUGGAUGACAUACUCAACACUCGGGCUUACCUUCCUCCGGCUCUGGAACAACCUCUCUCACCCCUAUGCAGAAUGAAGGUGCUUGAGUCUGAGCUUCAAGACGCUGCGUGA